AUGGUAGACCUGUACAAGAAGCCAAAGAACAUGUCCAUAGGAAUGUACUACGGAAAGGACUACAUGGGCAGGAGGAGAAAUUACAACUACUAUGGCUACAGCAAUAAGUACGGAGGGUACAACUACUACAACAAGCUGUAUAAUUAUAGGAAGGGGAACUACUACGAAGCGCAACAGGGGGAGAAACAACAGGAGGAGGAGGUUCCCGUAAGCGACCCCCCAAAGGAGGCCAACUGUACAGACAAGACAGAGGGUAAAAAGAGAAAAGCAGAGAAAGAAACGGAAAAGGACGAAGUCGGAAGUAGAGACAAGAAAAAGGAAACCAGCAGAAAAAAGUGCAUCAUAAAAAUACUUAAAAGACCAACCGAGGGAAUGAGCAACGAAGAAGGAAAGGGAAAGAUCCCCGUGGAAGGGGAGAAGGGCGCAAAGGAGGAAGCGGAGAAGAAAGAACUGCUGAAGGAGGAGCAGAAAAAGAAGAAAAAGGAGAAGGCAAAAGAGAAUGAGCGGGAAGGCGCCAAAGAUUGCGUCGAAAAAAAGAGCAAAAAGAAAAAGGAUGGCGAACGUACAACCACCAAGACCAAAAAGGUAAAGGACGGAUUUAAAUUUACGUCCACCCAGGAACUGUUUAAUUUGCUGCUGAAGGAUGUUAAGAAUGAUGAUGAGGACGAUGAGAUGGCGAAGCAGACGGAGAAGAAGAAAGACACCACGACGAAUGGGGAUACCGCGAAAGGACCCUCCGAAGGUAUAAAAAUGGAGAGCGAAAAUGAAAAUGCGAAGAAAAUUACGAAAAGAAGCAUAAUACCAGAUUUGGCUAAGAAGGGUGAAAGGAGCACAUCGGGGGUGAAGGAUACGCAACCCGGCCGCAAUGAUGAAGAGGAAAGAAUUGACAAGGAAAACGAACAAGGAAAGAGCAUUAAGGGAAUGGAAGGAAACAUCAUUAGUGAUGUACCAAAGAGCGAUAAAAUAAAUGAAGCGCAGGAAAAAUGCCCAAAUGCAGCCGGCAGAAGCGGUGAUGCCCAAACGGGGAAAACCACAGUUACCAGUGGAAAUGUUAAAGAGAGCGCCAUUACAUUAAAGGGAAAAAAGAACAUGACCAGCGGAUGCAAUAAAUACAACAACCAAAUAAACGUCGGAAGCAACAUUAGCAGGGGAAGAAAAAUUAAAAAAAUAAUUAAAAAUGUAGAAAAUGGGAGAUAUUAUUACACUGGCAGUAGGAAGGAUCUAGCUAUAGGUGGCUUCGUAGCAGGUCAUUAUGUGAAGUACGCCACGUCCAAGUAUCCCAAUUUUACAACGAGCUGCAAUUUUCUAAGUCACUCAUCGAAGAUGGAGCUGUGCAAGAACAACAGUUUGAAUAGCAGGAUGAUGAGCAACUUGAACGGUGGCAUGGGUGCCGGCCAAAGGAAUGAUGAAUCAAAAAGGGCUGGCAAGAAAGGAGAGGAAGAGUCGUUUUUCGCCGUACCUAUAUAUAUGAGAUCCCCCAAGCCGGAGCAGAUCCCCAUACCGGCGUACCUGUCAGAGGGGGUCGACGAGGUGGUAACGCAGAACAGAGUACCAGAGGUACAGGGCAGCGUGCAAGCGGACGUCAAAGCGGCUAUCGAAGCGGCAGCAGAAGUACACCCCGAAGUGCACCCAGAAGUGCAUACGGAAGUGCCCCCCGAAGCGGCGAACGUGCAGGGUAGAAAAUCCCCAAUCAAGGGCCAAUACCAAAACGUAAAGGGAGUAGCCACCCCCAACGGAAAUGCGCUUAAUAAGGACAGCCAAAACGCACUAAACUUUGCCAAGAAAAAUGUAGAAAAAAAGAAAAAAAAUAAAACCUUCCUAAAUAAAAACUACAUGCCAUAUACUCAGGAACAGAACUACGCCAACAAAUACAAUUACGAUUUUAUGAACACAGGAAAUGUGAAGAACAACAAAGUGUAUAACAUGCACUGGUUGCACCCAUCCCAUGUGAAGACAACCAACUACAACGGCUGCAACCUACACGGCAACGGGAAAAACUUGAAAAUGGAAAAAUAUUUUCAUAACAAGAGGUACAAAGUUAAGGCGUACUUGAGCGACAACAACCAGAGGAGUAAAAAUUUGAACCCCCUCAAGGAGGUAAAAAUUGCUGUGUAUUGA